CUCUGUUGCAGCAGGCUAAGAGAGGGCAGCUCAGACAGGAGGGUGUGCCAGCGCUUACUGAUCUCCUGGUGGACAGGAGAAUCACUAAGAAGGAGCUGAGCCAGUACUGCAGAAGGAGGAUGCGCGGGGAGAGACCUCAUGGAGGUGCCGCUGCUGGAACAGGUGCGCAUGGAGCACAUCUGGCGGGUGCAGAAACGGCACGUCAAGUGCAUCCAGGACGUGCCAGGUGUGCAGCUGUAUACAGUGACAGGCACCACCACCACCAAAGGCGGCGUUGUCCUGACCAAGUACCGCUGUGCCAGAGGGUCCACGGCCCUGGAGUCGUUUCACUGCCACCUCAACAGGUUCAUUCCAGGAACCAGUGCAAACGCACUGAACUUCCAGUUGUACCUGCUGGAAGGCCUCAACAGGUGGAACCAGGAUCGGGGGACUGCAGCGGUGACCAGCAAGCUGUCAUCUCUCCUCACCUACGCCGGGGAUGUGGUCCAGUGUCUCAACACCAACAGCCUGAAGGUGUUUGGCCGGGUAUUUGUGACAAACUUCAGGCCACCUGCCAGAUACACUGGAGAGGUGCUUGGUGUUAGCUACCUGCUGAGUCAGACUGGACAGCCCAUGGUGGUGAACCCCGACUCAGAGGAGACAGAGGACAUGCUGGAGAAUAUAGAUGAGGGCGAGGAAGAAGAAGAAGACGAGGGCUUUGAGGAAGAUACUGUGCCAUGGCUCGAUGACCUGAGCUUCUCCUCCUCCCAGCCUGCUGCCUCUUUCCAGCCUGCUGCCUCCUACCAGCCUGCUGCCUCUUUCCAGCCUGCUGCCUCUUUCCAGCCUGCUGCCUUCUCCCAGCCUACUCCCUCCAUGGCUGCUGCAUCCGGGGUUGUGGAUUACAGUGGCAUGCCAGGGUUGGACAAAGUUGACAGCUUGGCAGAGUAUCUGGUGGAGCUGAGAAACCAGACUUCUCUGUACCUGAACAACCAGCAGGUGAGCACCAUUGUUGCUCUGUGGCAGAACCUGCUGGACCACGACAGGCAGAGGGUGGUGUUUGCUGCCAGACACCAGAGCAGGCUGGACAUAGGGAGAUUUAGGUCUCCAAAAAAGAGGCAGGAGUUCACUCCAGGGACGGAGAGUGUGAAGAGGCACACACUCACCACCACUGCCCCACUUGCCCAGUGGCCAGAUUGCUGCCGCCGCUGUACCAUCCACCGCAGUCCCAAGAAGAAGGGGACUGGCACAGUGUCAAGAUGGGAUCUCAUCCUUUUUGACUACAGGAAGAUCAGGCUGCUCAUUCUGUGCAAUGGGGCGGUAGUGCAGCAGACCAUCCUGCAGCUGGUGGAUGUGAGCCACACCACCCUGGUGCAGUGGCACAAUAAGAGGGUGAAGAGGCAGGAAAAUGUGGUGGUGAUGCAGGGGCUGAACCUGCCCAGCCGCUUGUCUGUGGCAGUUAACCCUCUCCCCUCUGCUAAUGUGCGCCCCUCAUCUGCUCCCCCCCAGCCAGGCCCAGCUCACCAGUACCACCUGCCAAACAGCACCGUGGGCCUGGCGAAGUUGAAGAGCAAAGUAUCACCCUCGGUUGCAACACCCAUGGCUGUCAAGCCCCAGCAGCAGCUCCUCCCUGCUCCACCAUCAGGUCCUCAGCUGCGUCCCCAGCAGCAGCUCCUCCCUGCUCCACCAUCAGGUCCUCAGCUGCGUCCCCAGCAGCAGCUCUUCCCUGCUCCACCAUCAGGUCCUCAGUUGCGUCCUCAGCGGCAGCUCUUCCCUGCUCCACCCAGCCCUCAGUUCCUGAUGCUGGUUCCAGUAACCCCAGGUGCUGCUCCACAGACCCUGGGGUUCAGCCUUUCCUCUGCCCCUCCUGCUCCAGUCCCCCGAAAACUGACCCGAAAGGUGCUGCACAACACGUGCAAAAAAUGCGGACAGUUCAGGACGGCGGAGACUGGACACAGCCAAUACAAGGGUGUGGUUUACUGCCCCUCUGUAGAGGCUGUACCAAAGGAGCAGUGGUUGGAGGACAUGAAAAGGAAUAAAUAAAUGUUUUUACUGGAUGCUUUUUUUAUGUAAAUAGUUUCAUUUAAUGUUAUUAUGUUAUUUAAAUGUUUUUAUUUGGUUAUAAUGUUCAAUUUUCUAUGAAAGGGACUGUUUACCCCACUAUCAGAGGCAUGUGCCCUGGAUACUUUUUUAUGUUUAUAGUUUUAUAUUAUAUUUAAUGUUAAUCUUAAAUAAGUAAUUAUGUUUAAACUAUACUAUUUUAAAAUAUAGGUAUGUGUUAUUGUUUCAUUAUCUUAUACUAUGGAGUGUUUCUGACAAUUUGUCCUCAGUUCUAAACUGAUUUAUAAUAAAAGUUUGUUCAUUCAUA